AUGGCGACUGCGACCGAAUUACAAGCUUCCGCGCAGCUCGGGGAGGCCAUUGUGGCCUUUGCCGUUGAGGGCAGUUUCCCUGACGAACAGGUGUCUUCCUUGUCGCUAUCAUCUUCCGAUCUGUCACCAGCUAUUCAGGCCCUGGAGAAAGCGAAAGGGGAGUUGGAGUCCGAGAUCCAUACCAUCAACGAGGAGACAAAGGGCGAUGUGAGCUCAUGGGUGAGCAAUGCGAAGUCUUUACAAGAGGACAUCCUGCGAUCGAAGAGGUUGGCCGAUGAUAUUGUACGACAAUCCGAGGCUCCGCAAGUCUCUGGCAAGGCCAUUAAAGACGCCGAAGACCAAGUACAUUUCCUUGAGAGGGAGGUGUUGUACACCCAGCAACUACACGAGGCGUUGAGGGGCAUCCAACAUGUCAAUGAACUUCUGGGCGAGGUCGAGCAGGCGAUGAACGAGCGACGCAUCAUAGAUUCUCUCCGUUGGCUGGAAAAAUCAUGGACCGAACUGGAUGCUGUGCCUAUCAACAAAAAGACUUGUAGAGUGAUGAGACUACUAGACCUACGCGCCUUCGAGCUCAAGUCGAGCGUCCACGAUGUUUUUGACCACGUAUGGGGCUCUCUCGUCCAUACGGACGCGGAAACGGGCUCCCUUUCGAUUUAUGAGAGACUAGAUGGCGAGCAGAUGACUCUCUCCGAAGCCAUCAUUGGUCUUCAAGCGUACAAGGAGGUCGAGGACAGGAUGUCCCAACUGUGGCACGAAAUUGACAAGGCUAUCGUCUCUCCGAGGAUGGACUCCGAGGCUUCUUCUCUUCCCUCGAUCCGGGCAAGCGAGAAUGUGAUUGACUUAGACGGCGAGGCUGGUCGAUCAAUAGACGAGCUCUUCAAAGAUCUCGAGAAACUGGUCGAAUUCUUGGCCAGAAGACUGACACCGGAUCUUUCGAUGUUUUUCAGCCCUAUUAUGAUGAGCGAUCUAGUCCCCAGGCUCAUCAGGGUCUGGCUGGAUAACGCUGUUCCGUCGACGUUGAAAGACAUUGACCGAUUCCAAGCUGUUAUUCAGUCUGCAAGGGGCUUCUGUGACGUUCUUGAGACUAAUGGCUUCACGGGCUUCACGGAACUGAAAGAAUGGGUAGGAAGCGCACCAUCAAUAUGGCUCGCAAAAUGCAGAGAAACAGCGCUCGACUCGGUUCGCAGCCAGCUCUCGAAUGGUCUUGGGGCAUCGAGACAGGUUGAGAAAGUGGAAAAGCAAAUGGUCUCUCGGUCGGAGGGCAAGGAGUUGGCCGCGAACAACGCAGCUGCCGGAGCUGCGACGGAUGAUGAUUGGGGCGCUGCAUGGGGAGUCGACGACGAAGAUGAACCUGCAGAAACUAACGAUACCACCGCACAAAGCCAAGAGGAAGAUGACGGCGCAGACGCCUGGGGCUGGGACGAUGAUGACAAGGGUGCGGAGAACAAGGAGGAAAAUCCCAAAGCUUCGAAAGAAGCAGAACCUCCCGCAGAUGAGGAGGACGACGCUGCUGAUGCCUGGGGCUGGGGAGACGACGACGCGACAAACCCAGCACCGGAACCUGAACCAAAAUUGCCAUCCAAGAAGGCUCCCGCGAGGAAGGAAAAAGGAGCCACUCCUGCGGAAGAUGAGAGCAGGGAGAUGGUUCUGAAAGAAACCUACCACAUCUCCUCCAUGCCAGAGCCAGUUCUGGAGCUCAUUUUGGCCAUACUGGAGGACGGCGCGGCUCUCACACAACCAGAGUACGAGAGUAGUCCUGUCGCGGCGGCUGCACCGGGACUUUUCAGCUUACCAACGUUUGCGUUGGCUAUGUUCAGAGCUGUCUCGCCGCACUACUAUGGGCUAGACAUUGGCGGAAAUAUGUUUCUCUACAACGACGCCAUGUACUUGUCUGAGAAGCUAGCCGACCUGGCUUCAACGUGGAAAUCUCGUGGAGACUUGACGACACGUACUCAAAACAUGCUACGCAUAGACAACGACAUCAAGAGCCUGCAGAACUUUGCUACCCGUGCAUACACCAACGAGCUCGGAUUGCAGAAAACGGUCCUGCGAGAUGUACUAGGAGGCGAUCAAAGUGUGAUGCAACAGGAUGAACUGGACAGCUGCGUGGACUCGGCAGUAGCGCGGGUUAGAUCCCUGGCUGUGACGUGGGAGUCGAUUCUCGCGCGCUCCGUCUGGUACCAGGCUGUAGGGUCUCUCGCAGAUGCCAUCUCAUCCAAAAUCAUCGCCGACGUGAUGGACACAUCGUCCAUUGGCCAGGACGACGCCUACCGGAUUGCGCAGCUCAUCGCAAAGGUGACGGAGCUGGACGACCUCUUCCUCCCGUCGAGGACGGCGCCCGCGUCGGGUUCCGGCAAGGACGAGAUCCCGACAACGGCGCAGUACGCGGCAACGUGGCUCCGGCUCAAGUACCUGAGCGAAGUGCUCCAGUCCAACCUUAACGAGGUUAAGUACCUCUGGUGCGACAGCGAGCUCAGCCUGUACUUUACCGCGGACGAGGUGGUCGACCUCAUCGAAGCUAGCUUCGACGCCAACCCGCGGAUGAGGGAGACCAUCCGGGCGAUUCGGGAGAACCCCAAUCCCGUGCUCGCCUAG